AUGUCCUGCACUAUCGAAGAAGUCGCCGCUCAAAAGCGCAACCCGCGCCCAUUUCCCGACACGCCUGAAAAUGUAUUUGCACAGUUCAGUCUCAAAGGACGCACAGUUUGUGUGACAGGUGCCAGCGAUGGUAUCGGUUUCGCAGUCGCCGAGGCUAUGGCUGAAGCUGGAGCCAACCUCGCACUAUGGUACAACAACAACCCAGCCGCCAAGACUAAGGGAGCCGAACUGGCCAAAAAGCACAAUAUCAAAGUGAACGCGUACCAGGUUGAGGUCUCAAAGCCCGAGGAAGUUCAAGCUGCAGUGCAAAAAGUCGUCAAGUCCUUUGGCAGGCUUGAUAUAUUCGUCGCCAACGCUGGCAUGUGCAUCUCGAAGCCUGUUCUCGAUACCAGCCUAGACGAGUAUCGACGCCAAAUGGCUGUGAACGUCGAUGGUGUAUUUUUCUGCGCCAAAUACGCCGGCGAAGUCUUCAAAUCUCAAGGCUCGGGAAAUCUGAUCAUCACAAGCAGUAUUUCGGGUCACAUUGUGAAUGUACCAGUGGAUCAGCCAGUUUAUAACGCUACCAAAGCGUAUGUGAGACAUCUCGGCAAGAGUUUGGCUAGAGAAUGGAGGGAAUUUGCCAGAGUGAACACUGUCAGUCCAGGCUUUUUCAACACUAAGAUGGGCGCAGGCGCGGAGGAUGAAAAUGAGGUGUAUCGUAUGGCUGUCUUGGGUAGACAAGGUCAUGUCAAAGAAAUCAAAGCGGCCUAUUUGUACUUAGCAAGUGAUGCAAGCAGCUUUACCACUGGUAGUGAUAUUGUGGUCGACGGAGGCUACCUCUUGCCGUGA